GGGAGGACUUCUGCAGCACAGCUCCCUUCUCAGGACGUGAAAAUCUGCCUUCUCACCAUGAGGCUUCUAGUCCUUUCCAGCCUGCUCUGUAUCCUGCUUCUCUGCUUCUCCAUCUUCUCCACAGAAGGGAAGAGGCAUCCUGCCAAGGCCUGGUCAGGCAGGAGAACCAGGCUCUGCUGCCACCGAGUCCCUAGCCCCAACUCAACAAACCUGAAAGGACAUCAUGUGAGGCUCUGUAAACCAUGCAAGCUUGAGCCAGAGCCCCGCCUUUGGGUGGUGCCUGGGGCACUCCCACAGGUGUAGCACUCCCAAAGCAAGACUCCAGACAGCGGAGAACCUCAAUGCCUGGCACCUGAGGUACCCAGCAGCCUCCUGUCUCCCCUUUCAGCCUUCACAGCAGUGAGCUGCAAUGUUGGAGGGCUUCAUCUCGGGCUGCAAGGACCCUGGGAAAGUUCCAGAACUCCACGUCCUUGUCUCAAUUGUGCCAUCAACUUUCAGAGCUAUCAUGAGCCAACCUCACCCCACAGGGCCUCAGUCGCCACCAUGUGGGCCUCUCCAGUGCAAACCACCGAGCAUUCCACCAUGACCGGUCACAGCUACAAAUCCAGAGACCAUCAAUCCUGCUAGGGUGCAGGGUGGCAAGCACCCAAGGGUGGCUGACCAAGACUGCAGAGUCUCCUCCAUCUUCAGAUCCAUUCAGCCUCCUGGCAUUUAACUACCAGCAUCCAGUGGUCCCCAAGGAAUCCCUUCCUAGCCUCCUGACAUGAGUCUGCUGAAAGAGCAUCCAAACAAACAAGUAAUAAAUAAACAAAUAAACUCAA